AUGUCGGCCACAUCGGCCUUCUCCUCAGGGCCCUCUUCUCCGGGGCCGUUGGCUCUGACGCUCUCCGGGGCGUCUGUCGGCUCGCCGGGGUUUCUCGGGGCCAGCGGGCCGGGGUCUACCGCGGUCGACACCAUUGACGCAGGCUCCGGCCCAGAAGAAGGUGAACUCGUCGAGUCCGGAGCGGAAGGCGUUUCGGCCAAUCCGCAGAAAGAGUCCGACGCACCUUCCGGCGCGGCGAGUGCGGCAGGCGCGAGCGCCUCUGCUUCGGGCCAGGGCGAGACGGCGGCGUCGAUUGAGAGCGCCCUCGAUAGUCUGGUCUACCAGCUGAGUUCCUCGUCGCUGACGGGCGGCAGGGACUACCACCAGCGCAUGGCGGAGCAGUUGAAGUCGGACGAUAUCGCUGCGCGACUCGAGGCGACGCAGGCGUACCGUCGCUCUCUGGCGCACCGGCAAGAACUCGAGCAGCAGCAGACCAAGAGUGCCGGCUGCACAUGCACGGCCUCCGGAGCCGCGAGCGCGGCGGCGCAGGGCGCCGCCCACUCUCCGAGUUUUCCAGGUUUCGGCGGGCGCACGGCGUCGGGAGGCCUCGCGGAGUCCUCGGGAGGCGCAGGGGGUUUGGGGGCCUCGCCGGCCUCGUUUUCGCGCUCCGGCACCUCCGGUUCUGCCUUCUCUUCACUCGGCGACGCAGUUAUGGACGUGACCAUUCAAGACAUGCUCGACCAAGACUUGGUGUGCGAUGUCGUCCGAUCCGUCGGGAUGCCUCACCCUCACCUGCAGCUCGAAAGCAUCCUCCUCAUCCAGCGGCUGUGCCGUGGGACCUUCUCGCAAACCCGGCAGAUUGUCUCCUCGACGCUCAUCGACUCGCUUGUCCAGAUUCUCCUCGGUGUCACGGGCGGAUGUGUGGGAACGGGCGCUCCGGAGCUCCGACUCGCAGUGCUCGGCCUCUUCACCAAGCUCGCGCAGGACUUCAAGGCACACCGCGACUUCUCCCUGCUCCGGCCCGCCGCGGGCGUUGUCCCAGCCGUCGUGGAGGCCGUCAAGGCGGCUCCGGACCUCGAAGGCACCCGCUGCAUCCACGCCCUGGUCUCGAGCAACCUCCAGCAGCUGAAGGUAGAUGUCGCGCCGAUCUUGUCCAUCCUCAUUUGGCUGAUGAAGAACAGCGACGACCAGGCCAUCCUUUGUCUCGCCGCGAGCGCGUGCGUGACGCUCUGUGAACGGCCCGAGGGAGUCGACGUCGUCCUCAACUCACCAGCCCUCCCCACCAUUCUGCAUCUGCUCCACCACGAAGACCAGCGCGUCGUCUUCGACGCCCUCUCUGUCGCGGCCAAAAUCGCCUUCGUAGGCAGCACUGUGCAAAUCGACAGAGCUAUCAACAUCGGCGUCGUCCAGGCCAUGGUGGAAGUCCUCCAAAACCCCGCUGUCUCCAACCCCACCACGCGGGCUCGAGCGUGCAACACCCUGGGGAACCUCGGGUGCGAAACGCCCAAACAGGUCCAGCCGAUCAUCGAAACGCGCGCCUUCCCGCUGCUGGUGGAAAUCUUUCAAAUGGAUCCCGACUACAACACCCGCAUUGAAGCAGCGUACGCUGUCUGUGCGUGUCUCUCGCGAGCGGACUCUCAGCAAGUCGGGUACAUCAUUUCCUGCACUGCCCGCCCUCCCGCCUUCUCGGGUUUCUCUCGGAACCGGGGCUCCAGUUCCCGGGCUGCGCUCGAAGGCCCUCUCUCUUCGAACAGAGGCACGAUGUUCGGCAGCGGCGUGUCUUCCUACCUCUCCUCGCCCCUCGCAUUCUCGUCUUCCUCUCGACUCGGCAGCGGCCAGCUCGGCCUCGUGUACGGGACUCCGCGGAUAACGGAGAAGCCCCCGCCGGCGAUUUUGUCCUUUGGAGGAAGCAAUCCCUGUUUAGGGCUCAUUGCAGAUAUGCUCGAACUGGUGUGCGAAAGCGAUCCCACAAACAGCGGCAGUUUGAAACUCUGCAAGGCCAUUCUCCGGGGCCUGGACAACAUUCUCGAGGUCGGCGCACAGGAGGCGCGGCUCCUCGGGCUGACCGAAAACCCGUACGCGAAGCUUUUCCACGAAGUGCAGGGCGACCUCAAGCUGUCGCAGAUGCAGUUUUUCCCGGACUACAACAUCGCUGCAAAAACUCACAGCAUUUUGGAGAGAUACUUUGAAGAUGCAACGACAUGGAACACGAGGAAGUGA